GUUUUCUGUCAAGACACUGAUUGACCGUUCCUGUUUUGAGACUAUAGAUGAUACUUCCCCUGAAUUUAAUAAUUUUGCAGCCAUUCUGGAACAGAUUCUAAGCCAUCGACUGAAAGGUCAGAUCACCUGGUUCGGCUAUGAAAGUCCUCGUAGUUUCUGGGACUACAUACGAGUAGCUUGCCGAAAAGUCUCUCACAAUUGCAUCUGCAGUAUUGAGAACAUGGAGAAUGUCGGUUCUUCUAGAGCCAAGGGUCGAGCCUGGAUCAGAGUAGCACUUAUGGAAAAGCAUUUAUCUGAAUACAUCUCCACAGCUCUGAGAGACUACAAAACAACCAGGAGAUUUUAUGAGGAUGGAGCAAUUGUUCUUGGUGAAGAAGCAAAUAUGCUUGCUGGUAUGCUGUUGGGACUCAAUGCGAUUGAUUUCAGUUUUUGUCUGAAGGGUGAGGGACUGGAUGGCAGCUUUCCGGCUGUCAUAGAUUAUACACCAUACUUGAAGUUCACCCAAAGUUCUGACAGCAUCAGCAGUGAUGAAGAAGAGCUAAGAACACUGGGCAGCAGUGGCAGUGAAGGCAGCACUCCAGAGAACGUUGGUCCUCCUUUCAUCACGGAUGAAAACAUUUGGUACAACAAAUGCAAAAGGGUAGAACAGAAGUACCGGCUUGCAUUGGAGCAGAAGGGUUACCUUGAAGAAUUGGUACGACUCAGAGAAAACCAGCUAUCUGAAUCUGUCUCACAGAAUAAACUACUGUUGCAAAGAAUAGAAGAUAUGGAUCUAGCACAUAAAAUGGAGAAGGAACAGCUGGAAUAUAUCAUUGUGGAACUGCAAGACCAGUUGACUGUGCUAAAGAAUAAUGACUUGAGAUCAAGACAAGAAUUAACUACUCAUCUCACCAAUCAGUGGCCUUCCCCAGGAGCUCUGGAUGUCAAUGCUGUUGCCUUGGACACUCUACUCUAUAGAAAGCACAAUCAACAGUGGGAUGAGAAAAGUUUUCAAAGUCUGGACCAACUUUCAGCAGAAGUUAGUCUUUCUCAAUCCUCCCUGGAUGCAGGUCACUCACAGGAUGGGAAGCAGGAUGGAAUUAACUUAUUAAAUGAAGGGAAGGAAGACACUCCAUCUUUACUUGGUCUUUGUGGCUCUCUUACAUCAGUAGCAAGCUACAAAUCUCUCACAAGUCUGAAAUCAAGUGAAUAUCUUGCAAGUCCCACAACAGAGAUGACAAGUCCAGGCUUAACACCAUCUUGAGAGAUACACAAGAAGGAAGAGCUUUGUGUUGUAUGCAUUUGGUUUACAUUCCAUAAAAUGACUUGUAAUUAAGACUGCUAGUUAAAAAACAAUCUUCUGGGGUUUUUUGGUUUUUGUUUUUUUUUUUUUUUGUGGUUACCUGUUUAAUUCACAACUUUUAUCAGUUUUCAUUCACUUUUUUCCCCCCAUAGAGGACUUUUCAGAUUUUCUUUUUAGUCUUGAAUUAUUUAAAGCUCUUGGUCAGGAACAGAACAUAUAAUCUAAUGCUUAUGACUGAUUUUUAAAAUGAAACAGUUUGAAAUCAGUCCCCUACUUAACUGCC